UGACUACUUCCUCCUCGCGGAUUUCUCCUGUAUGAUUUCACCCACAGUUAUUUUCUUUUUUGCUUCAGUUAAGCUAAAAAUACUUCAUGUGGAGGAAACACGGAGAUAAGUGAAAUGUCUGCGAAGCCGACUUGUUUGAUUGUGGCGAGAGCGUCUCCUCAGGGGGUGUCAGCAGCGUCUUUCCAUCAGUCCUUCAGCCUCUGUACCUCAGUGUUUAAUCUCCAAACAGCCACACCCGGGGGGAAGCCAAUAGACUUUAUUGGAGUCGAUGAAAGCACUGCUAGAUGGGUGCAGGACUUCAAUGUAAAACCCUACGCAACACCUGCCAAACUUGAAUCUAUAGAUGGUGCUCGAUACCAGGCGCUGCUCAUCCCGGACUGCCCCGGAGCGCUGAAUGACCUGGCACACAGCGGGUCUCUGCACCGCAUUCUCACACACUUCAUCUCUCACCAAAAACCUGUUUGUGCGGUGGGGCAAGGAGUGUCGGCACUGUGCUGUGCCACCGAGGGACAGAGUUGGAUCUUCAGUGGCUACAGCUUAACAGGGCCAUCAGUAUUUGAACUGGUGCGGAGGCCUGAUUUUGCCAACCUGCCCUUGGUUGUGGAAGACUUUGUGAAAGACAGUGGUGGAUCAUACACAGCAAGUCAAGAAGAUGCUGUGCACGUAGUCAUAGACAGACACCUGAUUACUGGGCAGAAUAUGCAGUCAACCACACUCGCUGUAAAUAAUCUAAUUCUGCUCUCUAGUGCCAAGUAAAAACAGGAAGUGUUAAAAACCAGAGAACUCAAAUUCAACUGCUCACUUGUUCCACAUUUAUAUUCAUGUAAUUAAACAAACAUUCAUCUCUGACAAAUAUUGGAAGAUGCUGGUCAGAACAGAUGUUUGGUGACUUGUCAAUGUUGUUAUUAUAAACCCAAUAAAAAGCCACACAAUCAAAUGUCUUGAUUUGGAAAUUUUAAAAAAAGAGAGAGAGAAAAAGCAGAUGCAGAUUUGAGGAUGUUCAAAGCCAAAGAAGGAUGCAUCUUCACAGUGGACAAUGGAGAGCAAAACAGAAGAAGAUUUCUGUAUUUGAACUGAGGAGAGGCUGCAGUUGUUUGUGGCACAUGAACAAGAGAAGAACCCUUCACUUAAGCGUUACACAUGUAGAUGAUCAUGCACCCUCUGUUGUUGAAUGGAGAUGUGUCACUGUGCUCGUCACUAAACUGUACACGUUGAAAUUCUUCCACAGUACCAUCAAUGAAAUGGAAUAAAAGAAACUGAAGUACCAGAA